AUGCAGCCAAAGAGUUGCAUACGGUAUUACAGAACCACAGGGCGUUCUCCACAAUCGUUCUGCUUCCUUUCACAGGUGAUCAAGCAUCGACAGCACGGAUUCAUAGAUGGCGUUGAGACCGCAUCUGAACGGCCAAGAUCGCAAUCCUCGAACCAACCACGCCGGCUGAAAAAUUUGACCUGA